UGGCAAGACAGUGGCGCGUGUCAGAUUUGCUGUCAUUUAUUUUUUGUUCGUCGCAGUGAAAAGACGAGUUCCGCGAGACUUUUUCAAAGCAAAAGCUGCAAAAGCAAUCCAAGUUUUGAGAGCGAUCGGAGCCUCCACACACGGCCAAUUACUGUUGCGCCAAUUCACAGUACAUUCUCGCGGUGUAAUUACAUUUAAUGCGAUCGCGAAGGCUGAAUGAGUCACCGUGCGAGGCAGGAGAAGGAGGAAAGAAAAAAUAAAAAAUAAAAAGUGCGACUCCAAAGUGUUUGUGUUGAGAAAUCUCUGUGACUGUGAUUUUCCUCGGUGGUUGGGCAGUUUUUUUUUCGGUGGCAUUUCUGGGGUGAUUAUUCGCGAUACUUUUACGCUUUUCGUGUGCUUUGUCUCUCCAUCGUGGGCUUUGUGGUUGGUGCGGUGUGUGAAGAAGAAAUCUUAUCGGGCAGCGAAGCUGGUGGGUGACGACGACAAAAGGCUCAAUGAAAGUCGCGGAGAGCUCGUGAGGAGAGGAGGAAGUCCAAAAUUGAUGUGAUAAAUUAAUGCAGCACAAGUUGACUUGAAUUCUAUGUGAAGAAGGCGAGCGAGAAGAACAUACAAAUUGCGUUUUUGUGAUUUACUCGCUUCGUUGUCGCGCGGCCAGAGUUGAUUGUUUCCUCCUUCGUUACUUUUGUAGUGUUUGUGCGGUCCGGAAGACGCCACACGACAGUUGGUGGUGGUGGGGAAGAUGCAAGAAAAUGACCCACGAAUCACAAGGACUUGCAAACUAAAAAUAGCCACAACACAGUGAGACAAGUGUCUUGUUGGGCUGCCUUCUGCUGCUGUUGCUGCAGCAUUUGGAGGUCCUGAACCUCCUUUUGUGUCCCACACAUAGAGGCUAAGAAGGAGUAGAAAAAAAUGGAGGAGAAACGUGUUGCUGACUACUUUGUCGUGGCUGGAAUGCCCGAACAGCCACAACUCCUUCAGGAGAACAUCUUCAAUGAUAGUGGUCACCUCAAGGCGGCCGCCUCAACGGAUCCCAUUAUCGAUAUUGGGGUCUUCUUUCCAGCGCAUGGAGAGAAAGUCCCGCGGGGCUAUGAUAUUCUCGAAUAUACCCCAUCGGGAUUGUAUGCUGAUCUCAAUUUUGGCUCUGUACGCGCCACAGCCUGUUUCAUCUACUUCCGACGUGGACGUGAUAAGCCACCCCUUGUGGACAUUGGUGUGAUGUAUGAUGGAGCUGAGAGAAUUAUGCCAGAUGCUGAGAUUGUUCUACAAACCCCCGGGGAACGUGUUGCGAAUGUCAACAAUUCCUCCGCAAAGACUUUCUUGACGUUCCGGCGUGCAAAGCCGGAUAUGCCGUGUAAUGAGCUCGUGGUGACGGAUUUGUGCGUGAUUGUACCGAGUAAGGGGGAACGGCCACCACAUGCCUUCUGCCAGAUUCACAAAACCCUCAAUAAGGGUAUGAUGGGGAGUGAUGUGUAUCUGUGCUACAAGAAAUCCAUGAAUCGCCCCCAUCACAUCAGCUACCAGCCGGAAAUUCUCCACAGAUACCCGGCAGCUGAUCACAAUGACUUCCCACUUAAUCUCUGCCCUAGUGUGCCUUUGUUUUGUCUCCCCAUGGGGAGCUCGCUGGAGGUGUGGCCGCAUGUUAUUGUGGAUGGUGAGAAACGCCGUAGGGCUGCAAUAGCUCCCAUUUUCAGCACAUUUGUCCUCACUGUGGCUGAUGGGACGUACAAGGUGUAUGGAUCAGCACUCACGUUCUACGAGGAUUUUCGGCAUGAAAAUCUCACGCAGGAACAAAAAGAAAUGCUCGAUUGGACGGAGGAUAUGAAGGAGACGCACACACUUCAUGUCAAUAAAUCCAUCUGCCUCCUCUCGCAUCAUCCCUUUGGCGACACAUUCGAGAAGUGGCUGCAAUUCCUUCAACAAAUGGCGGCAAGUAGGCAACCAAUGCCAGUACCAAUUGAGAGAUACAUAACACAGCUGCUCGAUGAAGUGCCCUUCCCAUCGCCAAGUAUCCUCCUUCAGCUGUCCACUGUUAACAAUGACCGUAUUCUACUAACACAGCCCGAGGAUUCCCCGUUGCCACGCAGUGGGGCUGGUUUUAGGCAACUUCUAGCCAAUUUGGGACCCGAAAAUUGCCUUCAUGUCCUUUUGCUCGUUCUCACGGAGCAGAAGAUUCUCAUUCACUCCCUCAGACCUGCAACACUAACAGCAGUGGCUGAAGCUGUUGUGACACUCCUCUUUCCCUUCAAAUGGCAAUGCCCCUACAUCCCCCUUUGCCCCCUGGGACUCGCUGAAGUCCUCCAUGCACCACUACCCUACUUAAUUGGCGUCGAUUCGCGCUUCUUUGAUCUCUACGAUCCCCCGAAUGAUGUAACCUGCGUGGAUUUGGACACAAACAGCAUCAGUGUGUGUGAAUCACAGAAGCAUCUAAAUACGAAAAUUCUCCCAAAGCGUCCAGCGAGGAUUCUCAAGCAGACACUGAAGCAUCUCGAGGAGGUGGGUCAGUGCCACAAUGUGGAUAGCACAAAUAGCCUCGAUAGGGAUAUAAAGCGAAAGAAGCGCGAACAGAAUCUGGAGCAGAGGAUUCAGGAGGCAUUCCUGCGAUUUAUGUCGUCAAUCUUGCGCGGCUACCGUGACUACUUGGUGCCAAUGUCAAAGGCACCCACAAUUGGCGCCACAGAUCCCAAUGCGCUGUUUCAGUUGAAUGCAUUCCUCCGGUCACGGGACAAGGCGCACCAUAAAUUUUUCCAAUUACUUAUGAAGACACAGAUGUUCAUACGUUUCAUCGAGGAGAGGUCAUUUGUGUCCGAUGGGGAUCAAGGAUUGGCAUUUUUUGAUGAGUGCACCGAGAAGGUGGGCGCCUAUGAGGAUACCCCGACAGAGAUAAGGCUCGUGGAAUGGGAUACGGGGCAUAGUAGUGAGAGGACAAAGUUCAUUUUGCCACCUGAAUGCCAACCCGGAGCCACAAAUGGAUUGCAAACAUUCACAUAUAGCACAUUUAUGCUCAAUCCCACACUGUUGAAGCACUCAAAGAAGACCCACCUGUCGAAUUUUGCUCAAGUGCACGCGCACGUUACUCCCGGAUCCCCAAUGGCACGUCGGACGAAGCAUGAAAUUAAGACGGCGCAAAAGAUUGCACGGAAGAGUGCCCUAAAUCCGGAAUCAUGGGCAAAGCAUCUUCUUGCCACGUGCUACAGCAUUUACUUCAUCAUCCUCCCAAGUGUGGUGAUUGAUAAUCCCGGCAAGGAGCACAGUAUCCUCCGGGCAGCGUAUGAUUUGCUUGGGAAGGCGAGCAAGUAUAAAAUUCAAUGCGAUGAAGUUUGCUAUCGUGUUAUGAUGCAAUUGUGUGGCAUUCACAAUCUCCCCGUGCUCGCGGUGAGGCUGCAUUAUCUCAUGAAACGCUCAGGGGUGCAGGCAAAUGCCCUCACGUAUGGCUUCUACAAUAGAUGCGUCCUUGAGGCUCAAUGGCCAUCGGAUUCGACAACACUGAGUCAGUUGCGAUGGAAUCGCCUGAAGAAUGUUGUCUUUGGGGCAGCACAAUUCCGGAAGGCCGGAAAGAAAUUCUCCUCACGCAAGAAACUCUCAGUGUCGUGUGAGAAUAAUUUGAGUACGUUGGAGACGGUGGAUGGGACGUCCCGGACAAGUUUGGAUUCAUCGCAUUCCACGAAUGAACCACCCGUGGGGGCGAGUAUUGAUUUCACGGCCUUCGAUCGACUCCGUGGACGUUUGGGGAGUAUUGUGAGGCAAUCGGGGCCACAGGAACCAGCUGAUGUGCUCUCAAGUGCGGGUCUACUCAUUUCCGGGGAGGGUGCCAAUAAAUCACCGAGUCCAAAUAAAGAUUCACCCGUAUUUAAGCCAUCACCAUCGAGUCCGUGCGACCUAAGUCCACGUAUGCUGGCUAAAUCUGAUAGCUUUGCCGGGGAUUCCGGGCUAAUUGAUAAGUUGAACAUCAAAACGAGACGAGUACUCAAUUUCCAAGAGGAAGAGGAGGAGAUUGAAGAUAAGCAAUUGAGUUCACAAGAAGAACUCAAUGAUGAUGAGGACAAUAAGCAAUUGUCAAGCCCAACAAAAAUCUCACCACGAACACCUGUGACUCAAAAUGAUCCACUUGGCGCACUAAAUGAUGACGAGGAAAUUUCUGUGACUCCACAGACAAAAAAUGUGGACGGUGAUGAGCAGAGAAUUUCCUCGUGCAAUAACAACAACACAAUGUACACGGAUCAGCCAAUUUUGUUCAAGGGACACAGAAGUGCCACUUUUGAUGAAUCAACACAGCUCAACAAGAGUAUGCAUAGGUCUGAAACGAUGCCAGCGGCUUCGGUGACAUCCAGCUUAGCGAGUUUGGGGUCAUCGCUGAAAUUUAGCUUUGGACGCUAUUCACCUGCACGUUUGUCGUUGAGAAAGGAUCUCAAAAUUCCAACGCAAAUAAUCGAGAACUUUCCCAAUAUUAGUCCAAGCUUAACGGGGAAAAAGUCCAAUGAAAUUAUUCAAGGUGGAAUAAGUAGCAUAAAGCAUGCAGCAACGUCCGUUGCGAAGAAAUUGGAUGAGAUUAAAGAAGCAAUCUCGGCCAAUUCGACACCCGUAAAGACGGGUAGUUUGGAACGUGGGGUCCAGCUGCAUGUGUCGGAGGAUGAUUUGUUGACUGAUGAUCCAGCAUCGCGAUCACGACGUGCUAGUGAUUUGGAUUUGUGGGGACGACUGAGUGAGUCGCGGAAAUCAAGCUACAAUAAUUUAGUGCCUCUCGGCGAAAAUACGUCCAGCAAUAGUUUGAACAACACGUAUCCUAUUCUCCCGGACAAUCUGUAUCCACAACUAGUGGAGGUGUGUGAGACACAAGAAUGUGAUAUUACGAUAGAAUUAACAUCCUGCUCGCAGUGCCACAAUUGCUCUGUACUCCUCUACGAUGAGGAUAUAAUGGCGGGAUGGUCGGCGGAGGAUUCAAACUUGAAUACAACAUGCCAUGCCUGUAGCAAAUUAACAGUGCCAUUCCUCAAUGUCUACAUGAAUGUACACAAUGAGCAGCUGCAGACGGUGAAGAAAUCAGAACGUAUUAGUGUGCCGUACCUCAAUCCAUUGGUGCUGAGGAAGGAAUUGGAGAAUAUUCUUAUGCAAGAAGGUGAUGGUGUCCUCUGCAAAUUGGCAUUUGUCGAUGAACAUCCAAUCAUCUAUUGGAAUUUAGUGUGGAUCAUGGAAAGAAUUGACGUUACCACACAUUUACCCAAUUUGUGCCUACCAAAACAGGAGGAUGAGGAAAUUGAUCCUCUUAGUGGAAUGAAAACUGUCUCAAUCCACUGCCUUUGGGACAAUUUGGAGCUACAUUCUGAAGCUGGUCCACCAAUGUACAUUGUUUGGCGUCAGAAUCCCUCACCAAGUCCCCUCCUGAAGGCUCUUUUAACAGAUCAAACAACUCUCAAUCGAACGGUUAUUCAGCAGGUGAUCUCAGCACUACGUUGCAAUGAUCUUAUGACACCCGUUAAGCGUUUGGCAAAUGAGAGGCACAAGCUGAAGGGACGCGGUGUUGAUCGUACGCAUUCGAUCUACCGUGAUAUUCUCUUUCUCGCCCUCACGGCCAUUGGACGGGCAAAUAUUGACAUGGCAUUCUUUCAUCGUGAAUAUGCGCUUGUAUUUGAUAAGUUGACUGAGAAGGAAUGCAAGAUGUACUAUCGCAGUCAAGAUUUACCCCCAGCUGCUGCGGCCAUCUGCUGCAGGGCCUUCUUCAAGCCCCUCCUGCUACCCUGACACACGGAUAAUCGACAAAUGUGGCAUUUUCGCAGGUAGUUUUUGAUCUAAUCAUUGUUAUCUGCUUCAUCUCUUGGUGCACUUUUCAUUAGCCUUACAAAUUCUCUCGAUAAAAACAAACAAAUUAUUAUUUAAUUUAAAUUGCGCGCGAAUGUUUUUUGUCUUUCUUUGUGCAAAAGAAAGGGUUUAUUGUAAAUUAUGUUAAAAGAAAAUAAAAAGAAUAUUAAAAAUGGCACCACAAAUGAGUGGUGCUGCCAUUUAAUCACACACAGAGUUUUUAACGAAUAAAUAAGACAAAAAAGAAGGAAGAAAUUCUCAUGAAGAGAUUGAAUUUGCAAAAUGAUGCUAAUAAUGCAUCAUAAUUCAGGAUGUUUUGUUAAAUGAGAGAAAGGAUGAGCACACGAUGUGAUUAACAUAAAUCAACGAAUUGGAAGACAUUGAGAGACUUUUAAAAAAAAAACAAACAUAUUUUUGCUCGAGUACUUAAGAAUGACGAAAUAAGCCACUCAAUUAAUCAAGAAUUAAAACCUCGGUUGUAUUUUUCAUUAACACACUUCAUUUAUUAUUUAGAGAGGAACACGCGGAGAUAAAAUCUUCAAAACAUUAUUCUGUUACUCUUUUAGAAAUAAAAUGGCUUUCAUUAUUAUAUUGUACAGUGUCGGCACAGCUGAUGAGAAAAAAAUAAAUAAAAUAUUAUGAGAAAAA